AUGAAGUUCUCCGCUGUUCUCCUCGCCUCCGCCGCCGCUCUUGUCUCCGCCAAGAAGUUCACCAUCGUCGCCAUCCGAUCUGGCUCCGACAUCCAGAACUCCCCCGUCGUCUCCGACGGUAAGAAGCUCGUCCUUGGCGGUGACGGUGGCAUCCCCACCACCUACGAGGUGAAGGAUGGUGUCCUCUACGCCAACGACAAGCCCGUCCAGUUCGGCAACGGCGCCACCAUUGAGGAUGGCGAGGGCCAGGGAACCGACGGCGUCACCGUUGACGGUCAGGACCACCUUUACGUCCCCAACUACACCUUCACUGCCUGCGCUGCCCAGGGCCGAGCUUACAAGUACACCGUCACCUCCUCCGAGGACUGCAACCAGGGUGCUACUCCCUUCGCUGCCCGUGUCAUCUACCAGGAUGAGGACUCUAAGACCGAGUCUGCCGCCGCUGCCGGAAACGGUACCGUGGUCACCAAAACCGGUGUUGUCACUGCCCAGUCCACCGCUCUGGUCACCAUCACCUCUUGCGAGGAUGACAAGUGCCACAAGCCCACCGGUGAGCCUUCCCAGCCCGCCCAGGCUACUGAGCCCACCACCGGCCCUGCCCAGGCCAACGGUGCCGCUGCUUUCGGUGUCUCCGUUGCCGCUGCCGGUGUUGCCGCCGCUGCCCUGCUUAUCUAA